CCUUCCGCAUGCUAUCUGAUUGGUGGCCAUAUUGUGCAUUGUUUAUUCGCACGGCACAAGUAGAAUUUCCAUAGCAAAACAACAAAGUUUAGUGCACUUCAACAGCAGCUGUGAACUGAAAUAAACCUUAACAAAAAGAAGAUAUCAAGUCGAAAUUUAUUUCAUAUUGACACUGUGUCCUCUAAUUUUAUUUCUUUGUAUGUAAUCGUGCUAAAUUCAAAGUGAAAAAUGGGAUACUGAAAAGCAAACAUUCGUCGUAGAACUGGAAAUUUAAAAGUAAUUUAGUAAGGCAUACGAAUUUCCAUAGUAAAGUGUAAUUAGCUAUUUUAUUUUGCUGCUUGUAUUUUUGUGUGGAGAUUUCGCAACACUCAGUUUCAGUGGAAGCUAGUGGAUAAGAGCUGUGACCAGACAAAAUAUACGUAUUUUUCUUUUCCAUUUGCAAGCUAUUGCAAACACCUACAUACAUGGGUAUGUACAACGCCACAUAAAUUAAGCAAUAUUUUGUUUACACAACCAAUUAUUUCUUGAACAACGCAAAAGGAAAAAACUGCAAAUUAGAUUUUGAAUCUUCAGUAAAUUUUGAAUAGUGUGCAAAUUAUCUAUAGAUAAUAUUGAAUUUUUUACAAAAUUUGAAGUCAAUACAUAGCCUAUACAACAAGGCAUUGAUGCACAGCAUGACCAAAGAAUAAGAUACGGCUAUCAACAAAGAUCAACUGUGACAACUUUAACUAUUUGCAGUUUGGCAAACUUUGAAUGUGAUAAUUGCUUCAUAGAACUUUAGAAACUAAGAGCAUACAUAUAUUACUCGUACUAGUUUAAGAGAUUCCCAGCUAAAAUGAACAGCACCGGCUAUUACUUCGACGAACAACUUGUCCAAAUUUACACUCAUUUAGUGCACAACUAUGUGCCAGACUUUAUACUAACGAUGGGAAAGGACUUCGAGUAUACGCCGUGGAUAUUUUCAUUAUUGGGGUCCGUCGUUAUAGGUUUAAGUGGAAUAUUACCUUUACUCAUAAUACCUACAGGCGAAAAGCUCAAGGAAGGCGGUUAUAAAGAUCCUGCCGAAUCCAAAUUCCUUAAGGUGCUGCUAAGUUUUGCUGUCGGCGGCCUUUUAGGUGAUGUUUUCCUGCAUCUGUUGCCUGAAGCUUGGGAAGGCGAACAACAAACUCCCACUGAGCAUCCUUCAUUGCGCUCAGGGCUUUGGGUUUUAUCGGGAAUACUUAUUUUUACCAUUGUUGAGAAAAUAUUCUCUGGUUACACCAAUGCGGAUGAGGAAAAUCCACAGCCGAAGUGUGUAGAAAUCGCAAAUUGUUUACUUCGCAAAACGGGUGGAAAGAUACCAGAGGGUAAAACUAGCUCUGAGGGCUGUGCGAGAUCAUGCGACAUCGAAGAAGUACCUAAUGGUUGUUUCCUGCGCGAGCGCGAACAAAAACAAAAAGAACAACCAAAGAAAGUAGCAGGCUACUUAAAUUUAAUGGCCAACUCCAUUGAUAAUUUCACACAUGGAUUGGCAGUUGCGGGUUCAUUUUUGGUAUCUUUUCGACAUGGUGUACUGGCAACAUUUGCGAUUUUAUUACAUGAGAUACCACAUGAAGUUGGUGAUUUCGCUAUUCUCUUGCGUUCCGGUUUUAGUCGGUGGGAUGCUGCCCGCGCUCAACUAUUGACCGCUAGCGCCGGUCUUAUGGGCGCCUUAGUGGCAAUUGGUGGGUCGGGGGUGACAUCGGCAAUGGAGGCACGCACAUCGUGGAUUACGCCUUUCACGGCUGGAGGAUUUCUACAUAUAUCACUGGUUACUGUUCUGCCAGAUCUGUUGAAAGAGGAAGGGAAGAUGGAAUCCAUGAAACAAUUGCUAGCGCUAAUUUUUGGUAUUUUGCUAAUGGCUUUCAUGACGGCAUUUUUUGAAUCAUGAAGACAUUGCGUAUUGAGAUUUUUUUUAUGUACAUAUAUAUACAAAUUAUGAAACGUCUACGAACUGGUGCUUACAAUAGUUUGUAUGGAAGUAUUUAUGUAGUAAGCAAAGAUACAAGUAAUGUAUGUAAUUGCAAAACGCCAAGGCAAAAGUACAAAAACCAACCGCUUGUCGAACAAUUGGCAUUAUGUGACAUUUGUGAGAAAUCUAUUACAGAUAAAUAAACACAAGAAAUAAGCGAUUAAGCACGUUCAGUAGUUGCCAAAUUUGGACAAAUCUGAUUUGAAUUAUUAACACAGAAGCAAAAUUAUUAUGUACAGAAAUGGUAUUAAAAAGUUAUAAAAAAAUUUAA